UGUGGUGCUGCCGGGUCCAGCCGGGGGUUCGGACGCGUCCUCGCAGCGGCAGGUGGCUCUAUGUGGGUGGUCUCGGACUCGGCGCGGGUGCGCGGUGUUCGUCAGCGCCGGAAGCGGCGCGCGGGCGCGGCGCGUGAAGCCUUGAGCGGCGCGGUGCGGGGCCGGGCGGCCGCGUCUCAACACUGCGUCCGCCCCAUUCGUCGCGUAAGGAGGGCCGGGAAAGGGUCCGCGGGAAGCGGAUAAAGGAGAGCGGAGCGAGGGGAGAGCCGGCCAUGGACGGGGCAGUUCUUGUCGUUUGCCUCUCGGCGGCGAUGUUUUUAGGGUGCGUUUUGCUGGGACUUGUUCCCCUCCUCAUCAAACUCUCCCAGCGGAGUCUCCAGUAUGUCACGAUCCUGGGGGCAGGACUUCUGUGUGGGACAGCGCUCGCUAUCAUCAUUCCUGAAGGGGUGGAUUUACUGGAGUCGUGGAGAGCCCCGUCCUGCUCUGUUGCAGCGCCAAGUCAAAAUGCCAGUGAAACAACGGAGCCCCCCUUAGACGGAGGCCUCCCGCCUCGUUUCUUCAUCGGGCUGGCCUUGGUUGUUGGAUUCACCUUCAUGUUUGUGGCGGAUCAGAUCGCCGGUUAUUGCUCCGUACGUGACUCGCAGAGCUGUUUGUCCCACAGUGCCAGCAUCACAGCCACGCUAGGGCUCGUCAUCCAUGCUGCAGCUGAUGGGUUUGCUCUGGGUGCAGCCAUGGCCACUCCCGAUGUGACGGUGCAGGUCGUAGUGUUUUUUGCAGUGAUUCUGCACAAGGCUCCGGCGGCUUUUGGCUUGGUGUCCUUCUUGAUGCAUGCUGGGGUGGAGAAGAAGCACAUACAGGGCCAUUUGCUGGCCUUCUCCGCCGCUGCCCCCAUAUUGGCUAUCGGCACUUACUUCAUUCUGGACGCGUGGGGCGGCUCCUCCCACAGCAGACUCGGUGCCACGGGUGUGGGUAUGCUCUUCUCGGCUGGCACUUUCCUCUACGUGGCCACGGUGCACGUUUUCCCCGAGAUCCGCAGUAGCAAGGGGCGGCGGCACUCCCACGCCUCCCCUCAGCUCCCCCAGCCCACGGAGGCCGGGGCCGACCAGAAAGGUCACCUGGGGGUCCUGGAGAGCCUCACGCUCAUCGCCGGAGUGGGGAUCCCUGUGGUGCUCGCCAUAGGUUUACACGACUGACGGGGGGCACGCUGGUCAGGGCGGUUAAAACAGGACACAAAUGCACCACACCUUAAUGAGCAACUGUCCCACAUGCCAAGGGCUUAUGGACUAAGCAAUGAGGAAAAACGAGCAAGGCAGGCUCCUCACUUCCACGCCAGGGAGAACGUGCCCUCUAGGGUCUUGUUUCAUUAUCUUGUUGUCGUAAUCAGAGUUGAGCGAGACUAACUUUUGUGUUAACGGUGUAAAAAAAAAAGGUCUUAAAAUGGGCUGUGAGGAACCUGAUAGCCAGCUCGCUGUCCUCCUCAGGGGACUCGAGUCACCGCCUCUUACAAAGGGGCUGAAAUGUGUUGCCAAACCAAGUUUAAUCACACGCCUUUUAUCGUUUCUAAUAACCUGCAACAUAGGAGACUGGAGCGUCAGUUGUGAAACUCGUUACUGUAGACAGAGUCACAAAGUUGCAACAAACUAAAUCAGAUGUGACAGUUUUACUUCAUGUUAACGAGGAGAACGUGAUGUGGUUCGCCUACGUAUCUUAACAGUGAUUUAGUUAUUUUCUUUGUGUAAACCGGCUGGACAGCAGGUCCGUGUGUAACUAAUAUGAACUUCCUCCAAAAUAAACUGAAUGCCUGCCACACCUGCACAACUCAUGACGCACAAUGCUGCCGAACGGGCUUCGCUGCAACGACUUCUGUU